AAGGAAAUAAUUUUCUGUGCCAAUGCGAAAAAACGAUUGGAUACUCCAUGGGGGUUGCGACAGACACCAUACGGUUCUCCGAGCACGCGACCUGUAGGAGGGUCGUCUCGCUCUGCUGAGUCGUGAAACCACCCCAGUGUGGCAUCGCGUUGUUCCACUGCUCAUCAUCGUCGUUACCGCCAAACCUGAACCACCUAGGGAGUAUUCCUUAAGGCAUCUUCAUCAAUUUUUACUUGAACGUCUAGUUCAACGCCGAUUUACUUCAUAAAAAGAGAUUAAGAUCGUUGCGAAAGUUAGCCGAGGAAAGUGAAUAGAGAAGAUGAGCGCGUUUAAGAGACAUCAGAGCAAAGUGUUUUGGAACUACAUGGCAUCUCAGGAUCUAGAAAGUCUGGGUGCUUUCGCCUCGAGGAACGAUUUCGCUAGAGUCAAGCAAAAUAUAGCAUGCAAUUUUGAAAUAGCCGAAGAAGAAGCGGAAGAGCACUCGUCCAGCGUCAACGACACCAGCGACACAAUCGACGGUGAAAAUGUAACGGCGAUUCGCGUCUGCCUGAACGAAAACGAUGAACGACAAUAUUCUACGACGACGACGAUAGACGAGGAGAAUCUAAUGACUCAGACGGCUACAAUGGAGAUAAAGGACGAAGACAAAGAAAAUGAGAACAAUAUCGUUCUGGCGAACAGAUCGUGCAGUCCUUUGAGUCAAGAUCUCCGAAGUCUGGAUUCCGGUUUCUCGGAUUCCGAACGAUCGAAUUGUUCCGAACUUUACGAGAACGAGACGCCUAGACGUCGAAGGAGACGAAAGCGAGUUAAGGACCGACGACAUGGAAUGCAUUCGAGAAUCGGUGCCGUUUGGUUGAAAGAUGAGAGUAUUCCAAAUCCAACGUACACCUCUACUCCCAAGGACUCCAGAGUUUUACCUCGGAGUACGAUGAUCCUUAAUGCGCAUGAAGAACGAGGAAUGUCAGGAACACGCAGAACGGAAGACGAUCAAGUAGAUGCGUCGAAAAUUCCGCCAUCUGUUUCCUUGGAAGACGAGUGUCUUGGGGAUUUUUUGUACGCGGCUGAACCACCGGAAGAUGCGGUGUCACCAAGAAGCGCAAACUCGUCGACUAAUUUUUCAGAGACAGGAUCAUCGUACAGGUCUCUGCUACAUUCCAGAACUUACAGACAAUCCUCAUCGGUGAGAGCAUGGUUAAGCGAGCUAGCAAUGGAACCUGACAACGAGUGUGGCAACACUCUUCAAAGCAAAGCUCUGCCGCGACGGAAACAUCGGAAAAUUUUAAACGAAAAAGACGAAAUGAAUGAUUUGAAAAAUCUGUCGACUCUAGCUACGGCUGCUGCAAAUAAACUAUUUGUUAGAGCUGAACAAUUUGAUCGCCAUUAUCAAUAUAUCUUUAAUAAAGUGUCGCAUUUAGAAAGCGGUAGAUCGGAGCAGCAACUUCUAUGUGCCAUAGAGGACGACGCUUUCUCCCUGCUUUCGGAGUUGGGUGCACCGCCUCCGCGUAGAAUUCAGCAAACUAGCUUGAAAGCAAUAUUAGCACAGUUGGAAAACAUGAAAAAUUACGUUGACAGUGCUGUAGAUACACGCUUGGAUUUUUAUAUCGAAAGGAUAGUCAGAGGAUUGGAAGAAGCGCCAAAAGAUGAUAUUAUGUUAGCUAGAGGAACACUAGCGGCUUUAACUGCUUUAGGUUUGGUAGGACCUCGAGCAGGAAAUAGCAUUACGAGAUGUUCAGGUAUCAGAGCGCUUUUGACAUCCUUAAUCACGGCUGGGAGAACUUCGGUAGAUUUUGUGGCAGCCUCUUUACGUGCAUUAGCGAGCGUAUGUUGUUCCGCCAUGGCAAUAAAUCAAUUUGUCAAGGAUGGUGGUCCGGAAAUAUUGACGGACUUAUUAGCAGCAGAAAAUACAUCUGAGAAAGAGAAAACAGAAGCAACGGCAUUGCUUGUGCAGAUCACCGCACCCUGGGUCAAUGGUUUGGGUCUGCCUUAUCUGGAACCUUUUGCGAAGGAUUUAAUACCACCUUUAAAUCAUCUAGUCGAAAAUACUAACUGUGGUCAAACUUUAUUGCUAGCUGCAGCUGCGUUUAAUAACCUGUCAAAAUCCAGAAAAUUUGCAUUUAUGAUAUUGGCACACAAUACAGUUAAAAAAUUGCUAAGAACUGUGAAAAAAUCAGCUGGUAGAAAUGUUUGGUUAAUGGAACAGGUAGCAGCUCUUAUUAGUGAGCUAGCACGUAUACCUGAGGCUCGGACACAACUGGCGGAAAUCCGUGCCUCUAUUGCGUUAGUUUCCUUUCUUAGAAUGCGACCUCCUGGUUUAGAAGACGCAUAUAAGCGUUUAGAAAUGACUGCUGCUGCAGCGCUUACAAGACUAUGCGUAGAUCCAGAGAUUGCAAGGCAAGUAGUUGCUGUCGGAGGCGCAGAUUGUCUUCCAUCUUAUAAGGCUGAAGAUCUUUUAACCGAAGACGAAGAUCAAAUCGAAGCUGGAUUAUUAAAAUACACGAAGUCCUUAAGAAAGGCAUGUAAAAGAGCCGCAAAACAAAUUGACAUCGCAAAGGCCAGUGAUUAUAGUACUUUGAGUUAAGAUUAAUAUGAAAUAUUGAAGUGUAUAUAUGUCGAAUAUAUAAUAUUACAUGAGAAAAAAAAUUUUAUAUUUAUAUAUUUGUAAAAUAAUGUAAAAUAAUGACACUAUACAUAUAU